CAUUCCGCGCGUGCGCGCCUCGGUUGUCAACAAAGAGAGAACUGAGGCGCGUUCGGAGCACUUCCGUCCGCACUUCCUCCCCGAUGGCCGCCGCUUUCCUGGUGGCGUUGUACGAAUACUCGCCGCUCUUCUACAUCUCCGUCGUGUUCCUCUGCUUCCUCGUCACCAGCGGGAUGGUCCUGGGAUGGUUUGGAUGGGAUGUCCCUGUGAUUCUCAGAAACUCAGAAGAAACCGAAUCAAAUGUGAAAGUCUCCCAGAAACAGAUGCGACAAGUGAAGAAUCCAUUCAGUUUGGAAAUCAAAAACCUCUCUGUAGCAUCAACUGCAAGUGGCAUAACACUAUCACUUGACUGUUUGGAAGAUUGCCUCCUUACAUGUUACUGGGGUUGCAACGUGCAAAAGCUCCACGAAGCUCUGCAGAAACAUGCCUAUUGCUUUCGAAUAAAAACUCCGCAAGCUUUUGAGGAUGCGUUGUAUAAUGAAUACCAUUAUCGUGAACAGUAUUUCAUAAAGAAGAUGGACAAAGAGGAGAAGCACUGUCAGCUACCGGCAGAGGCACAAGUCGCUGAUUUUGGCCCGGUGCCUCGAUCUCGGUAUCCCUUGGUAGCGCUGCUGACCUUGGCAGAUGAAGACAACAGAGAGAUAUAUGACAUUGUUUCUCUGGUGUCUGUAAUUCAUGUCCCUGAUGAGAGCUACCGGCUGUCCUGCAGGAUGCUGUAUCAGUAUCUCCUUUUGGCCCAGGGUCAAUUUCAUGACCUCAAGCAACUCUUCAUGUCCGCCAACAGCAACGCAGUCCCUUUGAGCAGCCCUCCCUCAGAACUGGAAGCUGAGGACCGCGUCCUGCUUGAAAAGGUCGGUCUGGCCGAGGAUGAGUCGGAAACGCCCGAGGAGAACAGCAAGGACUGCAUCGUCUGUCAGAACCGGGCCGUCAACUGGGUGCUCCUCCCGUGCCGCCACACUUGUCUGUGCAACGAGUGCGUCAGACACUUCCAGCAGUGCCCCAUGUGCCGGCAGUUUGUGCGGGAGUCCUUCCCUCUGAGCAGCCAGGAGGAGUGAGGCCAGAAAGGGAAACGCAAAACGGAUUUGUCGGGAAACUUUGGACGGAGAAACCUCUGGAAACUGACAUCUUUGGCGUUCUGAGAUGGUGUUUUUUCUGUUUGGUUUCUUUCCUCUUUAAAAAUGACAUUUGCAUUUAAUACAAUCGGAAACAACAACACCAUGGCUCCUGAUGUCAGAACUCUGGUAUUGUACAAUAUAGAAGCCACAGCGUGAACUUCCUACAAAAAAUGUCUUUCCAAACACAGAAAAUUUCUUGGAAGAAGCUUUCUCUCAACAAAACUGACAUUUGAAGGCCUUUCCAAAACACACAUUCCCUUGCGAAAAAAUACUUUUGUUCCCUUAAUUAUUUAUUACUGGUUUUCAGAAGAAUCCCCCCCUUAACGUCAGCCACUGGCAACAAUGCACUUUAGAGCUGUAAAUUGUGCAAAAUAGAAAAGAAAGAAAUAUAUGGGGCUGUGUUUGCAGUUCUUCAAUAGCAGUUCCUCACACUUCUGGUUUUCUUGGUCAGUUGUUUUCCUUGUUUGGGGGCAUUCUAUGUUUAGGGCUUGGAGCCCUUGAGUCCAAUAUAUAGAUAUCAUUCGGUUCCAUAUUUGAACUGAUGCAAGAAAGAAGAGUUAUCCCAAAGCAGCUUAAACCCUCAAGAAAAAUAUUCAUCAAGUGGCGAAACCCAGUUUUGUUCAUAUUGAGCAUCCCUUAUCCAAAAUGCUUGGGAUCAGAAGUGUUUCAGAUAUAAAUAAUGAGAUAUCUUGGAGAUGGGGCCUGUAUCUAAAAUGCAUAAAACAAUGUGUUGUCAAAGGCUUUCAUGGCCAGAAUCACUGGGUCGCUGUGAGUUUUCCAGUCUGUAUGGCUAUGUUCCAAAAGCAUUAUCUCCUGAUGUUUCGCCCACGCGUAUGGCAGACAGGAAACGAUCAUGGCCAGCUAGCACCUCCCAACAAAGGGUUCCCCCAGGCAGGAAGCAGUCAGAUUUGAAGCUGCAAAGCUAUUCAGUGCUAAUCAAUGUAUUGCAAUGUAAUGUAUUGCACCAUUAUUGCCACCAUUAUUAUGUGAGCUGCGGUGGCGCAAUGGGCUAAACCCUUGUGCCAGCAGGACUGCUGACCUGAAGGUUGGGUUGGUGACCUAAGGUUUGCCGGUUUGAAUCCGCAAGACGGGGUGAGCUCCCGUCUGUCAGCUCCAACUUGCGGGAAUGUGAGAGAAACCUCCCAGCAGGAUGGUAACACCUCUGGGAAAUAUCUCUGUAGACGGCCAAUUCUCUCACACCAGAAGUGACUUGCAGUAUGUUCACAAGCACUUCUGACAUGAUUUUAAAAAAAAAUCCUGUCAGCUUUCUUUCCUGCCUCAUUUUAUCCCACCCAAGGAGCAGCAAUGUCCAGUGUAAGACAACUAUGAUUUUAAGAUUCUGAUCAUGGUUCUUUUACUUUUGAUGGGUCCUACUGACUGAUGCGCUGGUGGAACUCACUACCACAAAAUAUGGUGACCAAGGCUAAACCAGAUUAUUUUAUAAACGUUUAUUCAUAGAUCUUAGGAUCACCAAGGGCUAAUAGGGUGCCUAUAUGUUUCUGGAGAAAACAAGAAAGAAGGUGCUAAAAGUUCAUUUAUUCCCAGUUAGACUCUAUUGGAUUCUUUUUUAUAUAUAUUUUACCCUCCAUAUGUGAAGACACUGUGGUUUGAACGUUGGCUGAUCAAUGCACCCAGAGAAGUAAUAGACAGACCCACAAACAUUAACAUGAAAACAAUUCGCCUAAUCUUAAAGGUUCUGCUAAAUUAUCUCCCUUUCUUUCCUUUUUUAUUCUGAUUCCAGUGUAUUAAAAAAAUUAGGGAGAUGUUUGCCUCUUUCCUCACUGUCUCUAUUCUAUCCUUCAAGGCAGAGGCACAUUGGGUUUGUGUGUAUGUUUGCUAUUAGCCAAGCUAUUAGUAUUAGUUACAAGAUUUGUUGUGUGUUUUCAAAUUGAUCCUGAUUUUAUGUGGCUAAGAGUGUGUGACUCAGCCAAGGUCACUUAGUGGGUUUCUGCCAUUUACAGUCAUCCCUGCACAUUUGCAGGUUUUGCCUUUUGCAGAUUUGAUUAUUCACAGAUUUGAUUAAAAAUGUUCUCUAUGGGAGUCUACAGUAGUGCGAUUCUCUGGUCCUCCAGUCAUGCUGAGGAUCUGGAGAUUACCAAAGAAAACACAUUUCUAGGAUUUUUUCGGACAGGGGCGUCAGACUCAUUUUCAUUGAGCCUUCAUAUGAUUGCCUUGAAUCCGUGGAUGAAGAAUCUGUGGAUACAGAGGGUCAGCUAUUGUUUACAUCAAUGAUGGGCAACCUUUUGCGCUUGGUGUGUCAAAAUUCACCAAAAGAAAAACCUAGCAUGACUUGGGUGGUGUGUCACUUCGAGAAAAAAAACGUAAUUUCACAAUAUAUAUAGUUUAAAUAACAAAAAUGUAUAAUUGUAAUAUAUAACUGUAUUUAAUAAAUCAAAAACUAUUUACUAUCA